UUUUUAUUUGUUUUAAUUGACAAUUUUUUCCCUCUUUUUUUCUUUUUCAAUGCUGCAUUAAAUUGUUAAUUAUGACUUUGUAAAAUUAACGUUAGGAUGCUGUAUAUUUUUGCAUUAUUGCAUUUAAUAAACAACAAAAGGAAAACUUAAGCCCCCAGCACAAAACGCGCUGUAUAUACGUUUGUGAAGCAUCGCGCAUGCGCAGUAUAAACCCCCCCCCCCGCCUCUUUCCGCGGUGACGUCAUCAGAGUGCGCGGAAGCGGGGAAAGAAGGCUAAUUCGAAAUAGCGACGAAAUAAAACUCGGAAGAUGUUCAGUGUACCGAAUUAAAUCAAGGAAAAAAAGAAACAACACUAGUGCAUGCAGACCUCCUGAUGCACUUCAUGUUUUAAUCAUACAGUGUUUGUGAUUCCACAAAAGAUGGCAGCUGCUACUAAAACCCCUCCCGGCGCUGACCCCAAGCAGCUGGAGCGCACCGGGACGGUCCGCGAGAUCGGCUCUCAGGCCGUGUGGUCUCUGUCUUCCUGCAAACCUGGGUUCGGAGUGGACCAGCUGAGGGACGAUAAUCUGGAGACGUACUGGCAGUCAGACGGCUCUCAGCCUCACCUCGUCAACAUCCAGUUCAGCGUGAAACCAUCAAACAAACAAACAGACAGACCAGGGAGUGUCGGUAAUUUAAUCAGGAAGUUAUUUGGAGUCGUUUCUCUCUGCUGCAGGAGGAAGACUACAGUGAAGAUGCUCUGCAUUUACGCCGAUUAUAAAUCAGACGAGAGCUACACUCCCAGCAAGAUCUCAGUUCGAGUCGGGAACAACUUCCACAACUUGCUGGAGAUCCGGCAGUUGGAGAUGGUGGAGCCGAGCGGUUGGAUCCAUAUUCCCCUCCUGGACCUGGUGAACAACCCCAUCAGGACGUUCAUGAUCCAGAUCGCGGUUCUGGCCAACCACCAGAACGGCCGUGACACGCACAUGCGCCAGAUUAAAGUGUACACACCCGUGGAGGAGAGCUCCAUCGGUAAAUUCCCACGAUGCACCACUGUCGACUUCAUGAUGUACCGCACCAUCAGGUGACCGCGUCCGAUCUCCAUCCAAACAACAAGCCGCGACACUUCGCGCCGAUACCUGCGUCAUCUCUUCGACUGUUCUCAUUAAACGGGGAUUUGAAAUAAGAAAAACAAUUAACCCAGACUUUUGUGUUAACCUGAAAUGUCUUUGCUGUGACGUGUUUUCUGAAUGUUUGCUGUACAGAUAAUAAAGUUGCUUUUUGUUUUUAUAAAAAAUACAAAAUCUUGCCUGUCUGUGAGCGAUUUCUGUUAAUCAGGUCAGUUUGCUCUGUAGC